AUGAGUUUGUGCUCUUAUCUCAGCGACAAAUUAGACGACGAGAAGGUUUUGGAGGACUUGACGUCCAAUGUGAAGCAAAUACAAGACCAUGUAUUGAAGGAGAUACUCACACUUAACGCUAACACCGAGUAUCUUCGGCGUUUUCUACAUGGGAGUUCUGAUAAAGACCUUUUUAAGAAGAAUGUUCCCGUGGCGACCUACGAGGAUGUGAAGCUUUUUAUUGAGCGUGUCGCAAAUGGAGAGUCCUUUGAUGUUAUUUCUGGCAAACCCAUUACCGGAUUCCUCCUAAGUUCGGGAACUUCCGGUGGAAAACGGAAGAUGUUUCCUCAUAACAACAAGUACUUGGAAAACUUGAGAUUCAUCUAUUAUUACCGCUCGCUCGUUAUAAGCAAGCAUAUAGAUGGUCUAGAGCAUGGAAAAGGAAUGGUGUUUAACUUUUGUACACAAGAGUACACAACUCCUUCUGGUUUGCCAGCCUCAUCUGCCACGACGAGUUUCUUCAAGAGUUGUUAUUUCAAGAACCGAUCAUCGCAUUGGCAUUGGUCAUUUACAAGUCCUGAUGAAGUCAUAUUGUGUUCAGACAACAAACAGAGCUUGUAUUGUCAUCUUUUGUGUGGUAUCAUUCAAAGAGACGAGGUUGUCAAGGUUGGUGCUUCUUUUAUUUCUAUCUUGGUGAGAGCAAUAAUUUUUCUUGAGAACAAUUGGAAGGAAAUUUGCACUAAUAUCCGUUUUGGUCGUCUUAGCGAGUGGAUCAUUGAUAUUAGUUGUAGGGACUCUGUUUCAAAGAUCCUUGGAAAAGCUAAUCCUGAAUUGGCUGAUCUGGUAGAAAAGGAAUGCAACCAAAAAUCAUGGGAAGGUAUAAUCCCAAGACUUUGGCCUAAAGCCAAAUUCAUUGAAAGCAUUGCCACUGGUCAAAUGACUCAACACAUCCCAACAUUAGAGUUUUACUCUAAUAAGCUACCUUUGAUUUCGUCGAGUUAUGUUUCUUCGGAAACAAUGUUUGGGAUUAACAUGAACCCUCUAUGCAAACCACAAGAUGUGUCAUACACGUUCAUGCCCAACUUGUCAUAUUUCGAGUUCCUACUUGUUGACGCAAGUGACGAAGUCGAAAUUGUUGAUCUUGUGGAUGUUAAGUUAGGGUGCUAUUACGAGCCAUUGAUCACAAAUCAUUCUGGCCUACACAGAUAUAAGAUGGGUGACAUUUUAGAGGUGACUGGAUUUUACAAUAGUGCACCUCAGUUUAGAUUUGUGCGUAGAGGAAAUUUGGUUCUAAGUGUUUAUUUGGAGAUAACUACGGAUGAAGAUCUUUUGAAUGCGGUGACACAAGCAAAGAUGGUUCUUGAAUCAUCAGAUUUGAUGUUGAUGGAGUUCACAAGCUAUGGUGAUAUAUCUACUACUCCAGGUCACUAUGUUCUUUAUUGGGAGCUCAAAGGAAAAUACCACAAUGACAGUAUUGAGAUUGAUAACAAGGCUUUAGUAGAAUGUUGUUACGUGGUGGAGGAAUCCUUGAACAAUUUAUAUAAAGAAUUCAGGAGGGACAGAUCAAUUGGAGCUCUAGAGAUAAGGGUGGUGCAACAAGGAACUUUUGAUGAUCUCAUGGAGUUUUUCCUCACUCAAGGUGCUUCUUCAACGCAAUACAAAACACCCAUUUGCAUCAAAUCUUCCGAGGCCUUAACCAUAUUAGAAAGAAAAGUUUAUGCUCGAUUCUCUACCGAUAAGUCCCUUUCUCUGAAAUUUUCAUCAUGA